AACGAGAGAGCUAGGAAGAGGAAUAAGAGGAAGGGGAGGAAAUUUUCGAAACGCGAACCCUAGGGUUCGCGGUCGCGGUCGCGGGCGCGGGCGAUGAAGAUCCCGUUCGUGACCAAGUGGUCGCACCGGUCGCACGAGCCCGCCGCGCCGUCGAAUCCGGCGGCGCAGCAGCAGCCGCCCCCGCCGUCCCCGGCGGGGGUGUCAUCGGCCGCGGCGGCUGCGGUGGUGGAGGAGGCGGAGAUGGAGACGGGAGGGGAUGACUUCAUCACGCAGGAGGAGGAGUACCAGAUACAGCUGGCAAUGGCGCUGUCGGCGUCGGCGUCGGUGUCGGCACCGAGCGGCGGCGGGGGCUCGGGGGACACGGAGGGGGAGCAGAUCAGGAAGGCGAAGCUGAUGAGCCUCGGGAGGGGCGACCUGAGCGCCGCCGCCGAUCGUGGCGUGGGCGACUCCGCGGAGGCGCUCUCCCGCCGAUACCGGGACUAUAACUUUCUUGACUACAAUGAGAAAGUUAUAGAUGGGUUCUAUGACAUAUUUGGACUUUCCGGGGAGUCGGCCAGGCAGGGAAAGAUGCCAUCGCUUGCAGAACUUCAGACCAGCAUUGGAGAUCUUGGCUUUGAAGUGAUUGUGGUCGACCAUAAGUUUGAUAGUGCCUUGCAGGAGAUGAUGGAAGUAGCACAAUGCUGCAUGUUGGGCUGUCCUGAUACUACAGUAUUGGUGCGACGAAUAGCUGAAGUUGUUGCAGGACAUAUGGGUGGUCCUGUGAUAGAUGCAACUGAAAUGUUUACGAAAUGGUUGGGCAAAAGCAUUGAGCAGAGGACAUCACAUCAGACAAGCCUGCUGCCUAUAGGCCGCAUUGACAUAGGCUUGUCUCGGCAUCGUGCCUUACUUUUCAAGAUUCUUGCUGACAGUGUUGGUAUUCCAUGCAAGCUGGUUAAAGGGAGCCAUUACACUGGUGUUGAAGAUGAUGCUAUUAACAUUGUAAAGAUGAAUAACGAAAGGGAAUUUUUGGUUGAUGUUAUGGCUGCCCCAGGAACACUCAUUCCAGCAGAUGUCUUUAUUUCAAAGGGUACUCCAUUCAACUUGACUAAACCGUUGGUGCAGAAUCAGGUGGUUGAAUUGGCAAGUAACAUUGAAAAUGACCCAAGUGCAGCUCAUUCUGAGCAUGUAGGCAACCGAUUGCAUAUGUUUGGCAAUGGUAAUUCGUUGUCAGAAAAUCAAUCAGGGUGUGAAAAAACCAUGAUAGCUGGAAGUGAGGUUAGUCAACUCUGGACAUUGGCACCUCAGAUGCAAUCUGAUCAACAAUCAACUUCUGCUGGCGCACAUUCAAUGCAGAAAGAGGACUUGAAAUUAACUCCAGACUCUCAAGAAAAUGAAGAGUCUAAAAAGCAAAUUUCAGAGACUGAUUCUUUCAGGGGUAUUGAACUGGGUAAAAGUUCAUUGGCAUUCAAGGGAUUAAACAAUAGAAAUAAUGAAUAUCAAAGGCAUAGAGAGAAUAUAGCUCCAGCACCUGGAAGAUCUCAACAACCAUUGGUGAUGAAAAACUGGUCAGCUUGUAAUGACAUUUCUAACAAGCAAUACAAUAUUGCUGAGAGGUUAGUUCGUCGGAGAAACACUAGCGACAAUGCUGCAUCGUCAUCUCAGUUGGCCUGGUCAACUGCAAAGCAUUACAAUCCCAAUGGCAGAGAGCGUAAUGAUAGGUUAUGUGCAGCACCAGGUCGUAAUUAUGACAAUAGAAAAGUUGGUGCCUCAACUACGGCAACAGCUUCUGCCACUGGAGAACGCCUGGAUAGACCAAACCUGGCACCUGUUCAUUACUAUGAUGACAAACCGAAUGGUAUUUCUUCAGUGAAUGCAGCUUCUACAUCUGGAAUCGUGAAGGUUGCAGAAAAGGGCCCUCAUGAUCUGGAAAAAGUUCCCAUCUAUUCUAGAUUUGACAGUCAAAUCUAUAGUAGUAUGCAAGGGUAUUCUCCAGAAGUGAAGGAGAACAAGGAAAACUAUGAUAGGCAUGACAACAUGAGGUUACAUCCUGAUCCAAGAAGGUCCCCUCUAGACAGAUUCAUGGACACAUCAAGGCAGAACUCAGAAUCUGUUUCUCCACCCCAAGCUGGGUCAAGCACCGUUGACAUGGUGUUGGGCGAAGUUUCUGAAUGUGAAAUCCUCUGGGAGGAUCUUCUAAUUGGUGAAAGGAUUGGCCUAGGUUCGUAUGGAGAAGUAUACCAUGCCGAUUGGAAUGGAACUGAAGUGGCUGUAAAGAAGUUUUUGGAUCAAGAGUUCUAUGGUGAUGCUUUGGCUGAAUUUCGUUGCGAGGUGAGGAUUAUGCGCCGGCUUCGUCAUCCAAAUAUUGUACUCUUUAUGGGUGCAGUAACACGGCCUCCACACUUGUCCAUUGUAUCAGAAUACCUUCCUAGGGGAAGCUUGUAUACGAUUAUUCAUCGCCCUGAUUGCCAAAUUGAUGAGAAGUGCAGGAUUAAAAUGGCCCUUGAUGUGGCCAGAGGCAUGAAUUGUCUUCAUACUAGUGUACCGACAAUUGUUCAUCGGGAUCUAAAAUCACCAAACUUGCUGGUUGACAAUAAUUGGACCGUUAAGGUCUGUGAUUUUGGACUUUCACGUUUGAAGCACGGUACAUUUUUGUCAUCCAAAUCCACUGCAGGGACUCCUGAGUGGAUGGCACCAGAGGUAUUAAGGAAUGAGCAGUCAAAUGAGAAGUGUGAUGUUUACAGCUUUGGUGUCAUCUUAUGGGAACUAGCAACACUACAAAUGCCAUGGAGUGGCAUGAACCCCAUGCAAGUUGUGGGUGCAGUUGGUUUCCAGGAUAGACGGCUUGAUAUCCCCAUGGAGGUUGAUCCUCUAGUUGCAUCUAUUAUACAGGACUGCUGGCAGAAGGAUCCAAACUUGCGCCCUUCUUUUAGCCAGCUAACUAGCUAUCUGAAUACAUUGCAAAGGCUAGUAAUCCCUUGUCAUCAGGAGACAGCGGGCUCCUAUGUACCGCAAGAAAUAUCGUUAUACCGGUGAAACUCUACCCAUGAGGUCGUCAUACAGCAACUGUGAAUAAAGAGCAAUUGUGAUUUUGCCGUUACAUUUGGGCUCAAUAGUCUGCAAAGGCAUGGCUUGGUUUAGAGCCCCAGUUCCUGUCCAGAUAGCAGUCAUCCUGCUGUUGCAAGAUAAAAAGGCUUGGCAGCGGAGUAUGUGUACAGUAUAGGUCGAUCAGAUAAACAGUCGGAGAAGAAAAUCAAAUGUCACCUGUUUCCUUUUUCUUUUUCAUGUGCCCCCCAUCCCCAUUGUGUCGUCUGAACUGUGGAGAAUCCCCAAAAAAAAAAAUGAAAGAAGAAAAAUGUGUAACUGUAUGGACGAGUUUAUCUUAUAAAGAAGUUAAUAGUCUGGAAUAUUGUGCAUAUCGCGUGCCUGA